AACCCCCCCAGGGACCUGGUACCGAUGUGGAGCCUGUUGCACACAACUGCUACUUGAAGGAAAAAAAGGAGCAAAUGAUACCAAGACAAGCUCAUAACAGAGAUCUAAUCACCAGAUGUGUACGGAUGAAAAUACAGUGAGAUGAGUCAGAAAACGACUAAGGAGGGCCCCAGACUCUCCAAGAACCAAAAGCUUUCAGAACACUUCAGCAUACGUUGCUGCCCACCAUUCACCUUCCUCAACUCGAAGCGUGAGAUCGUGGACCGGAAAUACAGCAUCUGUAAAAGUGGCUGCUUCUACCAGAAGAAAGAAGAGGACGUGAUCUGCUGUGCUUGCCAGAAGACCAGCCCCAGACGCCGUGCAACGUCCCCUCAGAGGCCCAAGCACCAGCCUGCUGCACCCCCCGCGGUGGUCAGAGCACCAGCCAAGCCACGGUCCCCUCCGAGGUCCGAGCGUCAACCACGCCCCCGCCCAGAGGUCCGACCACCACCAGCCAAGCAGCGCCCCCCUCAGAAGUCCAAGCAGCCGCCACGCAGCAGCCCCCAGAGAGGGCCAGGCACCAGCCGUGGGGGGUCCCCCAUCAAAGCUUCUAGGUUCUGGUAACACCAUCUUUUCCCUUUUGUUCCCCCAGCCCUAAGGUUAGUAGCUGCCUCCUGUGUUUACUAACAUCUGGUUUACCUCGAUGGUCCUCUCUUGGCCUUACCAAACCUGUGUCAAUUCCUUGCAUUAAAUCCCCUCCUAUGAAA